GAGAAAGAACAUUCCAUGGAGCUGCAACUGAAACUGAUUUGUGUCCCCGGAUAACACUGGUUAUACGGGGGAUCUGAGACCCAGAUAACUGUGGCCCCUCACUGUGCCCAUAGGGCCCUACUCCAUCCGUGGGUCCCUACUCUCUCUCGUCCAAUGAGCGGAGAACGACAUGUCUGAACCCCUCACUAACGUCUCCCUGCUGUGGGUGCUGAUUGUAUUACAUGGGUGCCUCGGCAUUGUUACAGGGAGGGAGGUCUGUUAUUACCCCCUUGGGUGCUUCUCUGAUGAGCAGCCCUGGGCCGGUACCCCCGAGAGGCCAUUGGCAGCUUUACCCUGGAGUCCUGAAGAAAUAAAUACCCGUUUCUUCCUUCACACAAGGCAGAACCCCAAGCAACAUCAGAUUAUCAGCGCUCAGAAUGUGACUGGCAUUGGCGCCUCGGCCUUUCAGACCAAUCAGAACUCAACCUUUAUUGUACAUGGGAUGGGCCAUAAAGCGGAGAAUAACUGGGUGUCAGACAUGUGCAAGGCAAUCUUAGAAGCUGAAGAUGUUAACUGCAUUGGGGUAGACUGGCGUGAAGGCUCAGGAAAUAUAAAGAUGUACGUACAGGCAGCCAAUAACGCUCGUCUGGUCGGGGCUGAGAUCGCCUAUCUCCUACAGGUUCUGCAGACGGAAUACGGGUACCCCGCGUCCAAAGUGCAUGUGAUUGGGCACAGCCUGGGGGCACACGCGGCGGGGGAGGCCGGGAAGAGGCACCAAGGAAUUCGGAGAAUCACCGGUUUAGAUCCUGCAAAGCAGCUGUUUGAAGACACCCCAGAGGAGGUCAGGCUUGACCCAUCAGACGCAGGCUUCGUUGACGUGAUCCACACAGACAUAAGCUUCCCUCUAGGAGUUGGUAUUGUAAAGCCGAUUGGCCACCUUGAUUUUUACCCCAAUGGAGGAAAGAACAUGCCUGGCUGCCCCCCUAAGUUAAGUGACCUUGGCAACAUGGAUGCCUUGGUCGAUACCCUGACGUGCAACCACUUCCGAGCUUUCCUGUAUUACACGGAGAGUAUCCGCAGGCGAGAGGGUUUCCUGGGGUAUCCGUGCGACAGCUACAAGUCCUUCCUCUCGGGCGCCAGUUUCCCAUGUCCCGAGGGCAGAUGCACUUUCAUGGGGCACUAUUCCCAAUUGCCCCCAGCACUCAAAGCCCCACAGCAAAUAUUUUACUUGAACACCGGCGGAAGUAUCUCCAGCUUCUCCAGUUGGAGAUAUAAAGUUUCCAUCACAUUACAAGGAACAAGGGCAUUCAUGGGAAAGUUCUAUGUACUUCUGCCGACUACAGGAGGGGGCACUCAGCAGUUUGAAAUUGUAAGCAAAAAGACCGCCCCUGGAGGCAACUUUUCUGGCUUUAUUGAUGUUGGAUUAGAACUGGGACCUAUGGACAACAUGGACUGCAAAUGGGCCCCAGUGUUCCUUAAUAUAUUCCGUUGCCAGUUCGGGGCCCAGCGAAUAGAGAUACAAAGCGGAAAGGACGGGAAAGUCUCUGCAUUCUGUGGCAAUGGAACCGUACAGGAAAAUGUUCUACAGAAGCUGAUACUGUGCUGAGAUACCUUCAGGCAUUUCUUAUUGACUAUCACUUCCAUAGCUUUCACACAGAAAUCCCUUUCUGAGAUACCUUCAGGCAUUUCCUAUUGACUAUCACUUCCAUAGCUUUCACUCAGGAAUCCCUUGCUGAGAUACCUUCAGGCAUUUCUUAUUGACUAUCACUUCCAUAGCUUUCACUCAGGAAUACCUUGCUGAGAUACCUUCAGGCAUUUCCUAUUGACUAUCACUUCCAUAGCUUUCACUCAGGAAUCCCUUGCUGAGAUACCUUCAGGCAUUUCUUAUUGACUAUCACUUCCAUAGCUUUCACUCAGGAAUCCAUUGCUGAGAUACCUUCAGGCAUUUCCUAUUGACUAUCACUUCCAUAGCUUUCACUCAGGAAUCCCUUGCUGAGAUACCUUCAGGCAUUUCUUAUUGACUAUCACUUCCAUAGCUUUUACUCAGGAAUCCCUUGCUGAGAUACCUUCAGGCAUUUCUUAUUGACUAUCACUUCCAUAGCUUUCACCCAGGAAUCCCUUGCUGAGAUACCUACAGGCAUGCAACAAUUCUCUGCUUCUCGGUGACCAUCAGACCUAUAACUACUCCUCUACUGCUGAGAUAAAUGAACUAUUGAACCUUGAA